GUGCUAGGAUUACAGGCGUGAGCCACUGUGCCUGGCCAGAAAUGCCCUUUCUGACCAGAGUCAAAGUUCCCCCAAUGCCUGGGUAGCCCAGCUUCCCCAUUGGCUCCUGAAAUCCACCCCUUUAGGUUUCCUUUCCCUGCUCAGAAGCUCUGCCAGAGGGGACAUUCCCUGGGAGGCUGAGGGUCACCACGAUACCAUGACAGAGUCUGGCAAGGUAAGGAAGGCACUCGCAGACUGGCUGCCCCUUUGGGGGCCCCUUGGACCUCAGGAGCUCAAACCAGCACAAUUUUGGAGCCAAGGGACUUCACGAGCCUCUCAGAGAGCUCCGAGUCUUGACCUGAGUUGCCCAGAUGCAGGCCUGAGAGAGGAGGCCUGGCAGGAUAGGAAGAAACGGUUGACUCCUCCCGAGCUGGAGCCCACCCAGCAUGUGUUAACACGCGCCUUCAUCCUCUCUCCUCAGCCCAUCCUCUAUUCCUAUUUCCGAAGCUCCUGCUCAUGGAGAGUUCGAAUUGCUCUGGCCUUGAAAGGCAUUGACUAUGAGACGGUGCCCAUCAAUCUCAUAAAGGAUGGGGGCCAACAGUUCUCUAAGGACUUCCAGGCACUGAAUCCCAUGAAGCAGGUGCCAGCCCUGAAGAUUGAUGGAAUCACCAUUCACCAGUCACUGGCCAUCAUUGAGUAUCUAGAGGAGACGCGUCCCACUCCGCGACUUCUGCCUCAGGACCCAAAGAAGAGGGCCAGCGUGCGUAUGAUUUCUGACCUCAUUGCUGGUGGCAUCCAGCCCCUGCAGAACCUGUCUGUCCUGAAGCAAGUGGGAGAGGAGUUCCAGCUGACCUGGGCCCAGAACGCCAUCAUUUCUGGAUUUAACGCCCUGGAGCAGAUCCUACAGAGCACAGCAGGCACAUACUGUGUAGGAGAUGAGGUGACCAUGGCUGAUCUGUGCUUGGUGCCUCAGGUGGCAAAUGCUGAAAGAUUCAAGGUGGAUUGCACCCUCUACCCUACCAUCAGCUCCAUAAACAAGAGGCUGCUGGUCCUGGAGGCCUUCCAGGUGACUCACCCCUGCCGGCAGCCGGAUACACCCACCGAGCUGAGGGCCUAGCUCCCAAAUCCUGCCCCGUUGGCACAGGGCCACAGGAGCAGAAGCUGGGUGGGCUGAAGAGGCCUGGAAACAAGUGAGUUAAUUGAGGAGACAGGAGACGCCAACUCUAGCCCUGGAUCUGCCUUCCUGCUGAAACUUGUUCCCCCUCAGUCCCCUCAUCUGUCAAAUGCAUGUGGGGUUGGGUAGGAAGAUGCUGGGAGCAGCGGGGCAGGAAUACUGUUAUCUAUAUGACGGGGCAGUCGUGAAGCUGAGAUGAGAAUGUGGAUUAAAAUGCCUGGCAUGCUCACCAUAACACCA